AUGUGUUGGCUGUCGAUAAUUGCAUAUCAUUCCUAUUAAAAUCAAACCAAAAAAAAAUAAUAAAACCAAAACAAUUGAAACAAUUUUACAAGGAUGAAAUUUCGCUUCUGUGGCGAUGGCGAUUGUCCUGAUUGGGUUUUAGCUGAAAUCAUAUCCACCCUCUCUAAUCUGAGUGUCGACAACUUGGAGCAAUUGACUCAGCUGGUUGCCAAGCGCAUCAAUGGCGAGCAGUUCGAAGAAACUGCAAUCAGAUCACUUACAUCGACAGUUACAGAUGAUGGAAAAACGGCCGUUGCCUGUGUUCAUUAUAUGCUAACAAAUGCGGCUCGUUACAGCUGCACGGAGACGAUAUUUGGUGAGGAAAUACAACAGCUUGGUCUGCCCAAGGAUCAUGCGUCAGCCAUGUGUCGUGUUCUGCAGUCGCAUGCCACAGCCAUAAGACAGAAACUUAUAGAUAAGGCAUUUAGAAUUAAUGAACUACAGAGCAUAUGCAAUGUUACCUCGCUGGGGGAAACGCCUCCAAAUUGUGCCACCUUGAAACUUAAAAUCUCGCAGGAAUUAGUCGAUGGACUACCAAAAGAUACUACGCAUAUUGUUAAUAUUGAAUGUGCUCAACUAGGAGCUUUGCUCGAUGAAAUGAAAUUGGCGCGUGAUAUAAUGCUUAAAUAUGAAAAUAAAGAUAUUGUGUAGAAAUGAAAGGGUGUGAACAAAAAGUUAAAUGUAAUUCCU